GUUUACUAAAUGCAAACUCCUGAUUUGAAGAAAAAAAAACCCUAAAUUGCAAAGAUUAGUCUUUAAUCAGAAUAAGCUUAACCUGUUCUAAAUCUGUUUUUAUUUAUUUAAAAAAAUUAGAUCUGAGAAUGGAUCCCUCAUUCUUAAGGAAUUUCGUUUAAAUGGUUAAGGACUUAAAGUCACUCAUACACAUGAUUAAUGGGAUUUCUCGCUAUCUGAAUCUACUCAUAAUCUAUCGUUAGAAAAUUUAAUAACAGUUGGGUAAUUAGGUCAGGGUGCAUCAGGUUAAGUUGAAAAAGUAUAGGAUUAAGUCACAGGAUAAUAUUUUGCAAUGAAAGUAUUUACAAUUCUCAUUUAGAAAAUUCCUGUUGCUUCAGAUCCAUAAUAUUUGAAACAGCUUUCAGAUGAAUUAAAAUUAGCAUUAGAAUGUAGUUCACCUUAUGUUGUAAAAUGUUAUGGGGCAUUCUAUAAAUCAGGAACUUUGCACAUAAUACUUGAAUAUAUGGAUGUUGGCUCUAUAGAUUCUUUGAUUAAGAAAGUGAAAAAUCUAAAUGAACCUGUUAUGGCAUUGCUUUUAUAUUAAAUUCUUUUAGGGAUUGAUUAUUUACAUAAUAAAAAGAAAAUCAUUCAUAGAGAUAUUAAACCAUAAAACAUAUUAGUAAACAAGAAAGGUGAAAUCAAAAUCACAGAUUUCGGUAUCUCUGGUACAAUAGAAACAAUGCAAUAAAGAAAGACUUAUGUAGGAACUGCAGUUUAUAUGUCAGUAAGCAGUUAUUCAAAGUUUAGCCUGAACGAUUGAAUGGAGAAAUGUAUGGAAAAGAUUCUGACAUAUGGUCAAUUGGUAUUUUAACAGCAGAAUGCUUAAUGGGAAAACAUCCUAUCCAGAAAACAUAGUUUAUAGAUAUGGUUAAUGAGAUUAGUUCAUUUAACAUAGAAAAUGUUUAAGCCAAAAUAUCAGCAGAAAUGAAAAACUUUAUAUCUAUGUGGUAAUAUAACUAUUUAAUUUAUAGUGUCAAAUUAAAACCAGAGGAGAGAGCAACAGUUGAUUAAUUAUUGAAUCAUAAAAUUAUUUUGAGAACGAAAAAAAUAGACAAGAUGGUAUUCUUAUAAUGGUUGAAUUAAGUAACAUAAUUAUGA